AUGUCGGCGGAUUCGCUGUACUCUGCCGUCCGAGCAGAAGUGAACGAAUCUGGCGCUGAUUCUCGUGUCGAAGUGAACCAACGGGCAUUGAUUGACAAGAUUUUGGCACGGUAUGCAUCGGCUGGAGCCGUCUAUCGUGAGCUAUUGCAGAAUUCCAACGAUGCCGACGCCACCAAUGCCGAAGUUCACUUUACCACCAAUGGCGAUAUGAAUCAGACCGUCACUCAGGUCAUGUACCGAAACAAUGGCUGGCCCUUUCGAGAUCAAGAUUGGGCUCGACUCAAGAAAAUUGCCGAAGGAAACCCAGAUGUGUCCAAAGUAGGAGCCUUUGGCGUGGGUGCCUAUACCAUGUUUUCAAUUUGUGAAGAGCCACUGGUCAUGUCAGGAGAUCAGGCACUGGCGUUCAUGUGGAGAGGCGAUGCCCUAUGGACCAAAACAGCCACCAACGUGGAAAAUUCUACCGAAAUGGGGCCAGGUGGCAGGCCAUGGACCACCUUUUUGUUGCCCAGCAGAGAUCCCUAUGCCUUGCCGAGCAUGGUGGAGUUUGGACAGUUCCUCUGUGCAUCGCUCACUUUUACACGCUGUCUGCGCAAUAUACGAGUCUUUGUCGAUGGCAAUGAACGAAUCUUUAUUCAAAAGACACAAAUCAAGGAACCCACACUCAUCACUCCACCACAAUCGUCUUCGUGGUUUAGCAAUGACGGAGCUGUCACCGCUUCCUCGCAAGGAACAUUCUAUCUCAACAACAAUAACAAGUCCAUCAAUGAAUCCAUUUUUCAGUUUGAUGUCUUGCUCGAUGGAGACGCUUCCAGUAUUCAGGCUCGCUAUGUAUCUGCCGUUGCCAAAACCAGGAUUGGAAGUCAAAUGGCGACGAGGAUGGAACGAGUCACCAAAAAGAAACCGCCAAAGGAAGUGAAUGUGGAAAUCUUUCUCAAUGCUGGAGGACAACAACAUGAUGAUACCAAAAAACAAAAGAACAAGGCUGACAAAGUCACGGAGAGCUUCUCUCCACAAAUGGGAAAGGGACGAAUCUUUAUUGGAUUUCGAACAUCACAAACAACGGGACUGGCAGCGCACUUGGCAGCUCCGUUUGUUCCAACUGUAGAACGUGAGGCCAUUGAUCUUCAGGACCCCACACUGCGUACUUUCAAUUCCGAGUUGCUAGAGUUUAGUGGAAUCCUCAUGAGAUUGUCCCUAGAACACGCCAUGAGUUUGCUCGAAGUGGAAUGGAAAGAAAGCGCACCGGCUCGAGAAAAGACGGAUAAAGAGAUCGCUGCUAAUCAGUUCAAGGCAGCGGCAGACGCAAAAGCUUCCAGCAUUGCAAAGAAAGUAGAACAAGAUGACAUUGACCAAACAGAAAGUGAUGAUGCGGCAUCUACUACGAGUGGCGGUCUUUUUGGAUUUGCCAAGUUCAUGGCCAAGGGUAUAACCAAACAAAUUGUGUCGGUAGUCACCACAGCCGCCGAAAUCUUGGAUGAUGGCUCGGCAUAUCUCAAUCCACAAGACCCACGCCCACUUUGUGCCGAGGAACGCCAAGCAAUUCUUCUCAUGCAGAGUUUCUGCCCAGAACAAUCAACUCCUGACCCCUUGGUGGGAAUGAAUCUUGCCAAUGGCUUUUCGAGGUGUAUGCCCAACAUGGCGCCUCCAGUGCUGACGCGUUCUGGGGUGGUUCGCGGGGAUCAGGCACGGCUGCCUAAUCAGGGCAUGGAGAGCUUUGUGCAGAACAAUGUCAUCCGAAAGGUGGUGUACAUGAAUUGCGAACAGUACCAUGAUGUUAUUGCUCGGUGUCGGAAAAUCACAUUGGAGGACGUCGCCAUCGCAAUUGCCGAUGACGUUUUGGAGCAGCCCAAGCUCGUCUUCUUUCUCAAUUGGUGGACCAGAUACAGUCAUAUUGAUCCACAUGGUACUCGGUCCAGGGGCGAGUCGGUGAAGGAUUCUAUUGUGUUCUAUACCGAAAGCGGCAAAGCUGACAGUCAAAGCAGAGAAAUGAAAUUUCUUCGGGACCUGCUGUUCUACGUCGAAAAGGAAGGCCCACUGUCCGACCCAGCAUUGCCUAUGCCACCUUCCGCACUGCCAAAUGCACUUCGUGAUGACAUUGGCAUGAGAACAAUCACAGAUGAUGCCUUGCAGGAUUGGUUCUCACCGGUCCCUGUGGAAAUCUGGAUGGACUUUAUGAGCGCGCACCCAUGUCUCAACAAGGGACAACCCGAAGACGACAAACUGCGCUUGACGGUGUUGACUAUCUUUAACAAGGAGUAUCACCGAAGAUACGGGAACGGCCGACAAGUGUUUGGCGGAUUCUGCAAGAACCUUCUCUCGGACAAGAGAUGCAUCCCCUUUGACAGUAAUGAGCCGACCCAAUUUGCAGCGGACUUUCCAGGCAAUCUCUACUUGUAUUCAGCAGAGUUGAAGGCCUUUGAUGGAAUGGGAUCGUUCCACAAGGUCUCGAAAGCUUUGAACAGUGCAGGGAUCACGGAUGAAUUCUUGCUUGAACUCGGUGUGCGAAAGAGCAUAGCCAUAGAGUUUCUCUUUGAGAAUCUUGACACGCUCAAGUGGUCGAAGGAUCCAAAACCUCUCGUGGAAUACCUUAGGUCUGCCUCAUUGACAAACAAGGAUGUUAACAUGUUACGGCAGACUCAGUAUUUGCCCGCUGAGAACGAUGAAAGUAGAACCUUUGCUCCCUCGGAGCUGUUUCUUCCGGACCCUGAUCUUCGACUCUUUCCAUUCUGCAGACUCCUCCAGUGGCCAUCAGAAGACAGCCUUGCGGCCUCGUCUCCCAAUGGAAAAUUUCUGAAAGCACUCGGCUGCCACGUUCGUCCCUCGCUGGAAACUGUGCUUCAUUACACUUCUGAACGAGUAAAGGAUGACGAGACUCGGAUCAAAUGCCUCGACUAUCUCAGCAAACGCAUGGGACCCCACGGAGUGUAUCAGCAAGAUUAUAACAGACUCUCCGGGGCACGGAGAGCAAAGUUUAAGAUCAUGCCGUGCAUCCGACUGAGCUUCUUACAGCCGGAUGCGGAACGAUCCGAACUCUGCAGCCCAGUCGAGUGUUACGCGGAUGUCAGCUGUGGCAUCAUGUGCUACCCAGUCGUAGACCCGAAGCUUGCCUCCAGCGAUGUUUAUGCAACAAUCUUUCAGUGCCCGCGAUCACCCAAGCCUGACAAAUUGUUGGAUCAGCUGCUCGUUCUGGUCCAACUUGCCAAGAAGAUGUCAGCUUCAGUAGAAAGCAAAAACAAGAAGGAAUUGUCUGAUAGAAUCUUGAAGACAUUCUCCCUCAUCUUUCAAUUCCUUUCCAACCAGACUGCCGACUUCGACAAGACAUCUCUGGUUUCCCUUCGAAAAGUCAGCUUCAUUCCCAUUGCUGACGAAGAAGGCAUCGUGGAGUGGUAUCGCCCAGACCAGGUAUUCUUCCGGAGCUCAAAUGGCGAAAGUGACUCUUUGACGGAGCUUCUUUUCAAGGCGGUCGAAUACAGUAGCUUUCUCUCUGCGGUUGGAGUGAAAAGUGAGGCAUCUGCUCGAGAUCUCUUUCUGUUGCUGCUGCGAUCGCCGCAGGACAUUCUCGACACGCUUGGAGAGAAGAAGUACCGCUUGCUUCUGCGUCGCCUCGCCGCAAAUCCGCCGUUUACUCGUGUCAGUCCACAGAUCAGGUCGGCUCCAUUUCUUCUCGCCUACACGAGCUUAAAUGACAAUCCUGACGACUCCAAAGAAAAGCCAAGCUUCAAACUGGCAAAAGCCGAAGAUAUUUUCAUAAUUGACAAUUCAUUCUUUGGAAGAAUGUUUCCUGGCAAUCGAGCCCCACAUGAAUCUGAUUUGGAGGAUUUCUAUAUUCUCAUCGGAUCUAGCUACAUCUCAAAGGUUGUGGAAAAACGCUUCGAGAUUGUUGGUCGUGCCGUGAGAAACACUUCUCUCGUCAAAGCCCUACAGGAGAGGAUCAAUGAACGCACGCCUCUCCUUGUUUCUCCCCACGUCACGUCCAGGGCUUUGGUUCCAAAUGCCCACGAGAAACUCGACAAUGAGAAACUGUCACUGUUCGAGGCUGACGGAUUGCUAGCUGUUUUUACUCUUGGCAGAGCGGAACGUCGACAGAGAACAACUUGUUGCUCCCGCCAACUCGACAAACGAAAAAAUGCGCUCUAUGUAACCAAAGAUCUUGACUUCUUUGACGUCGGUCAGAGCAUUGGUGACUUGAUCCUAGAACGGUGUCAGCUUGAGGACGCAUUCUUCAUUGCAUCCCUUCUGGAGGCCCCACUGGAACAACUACGAGCUCGCGGGUUCCCCGUGGAUCGAGUGUUGAAGCCUAAGCUACCACCCCAAGAGCCCAAAAAGCCGGAACCCACCCCUCCGCCGCAACAAAGCAAACCAAAUAACGAAGCCAAAAAGACGGUGGGUGCUCAUUCGGUGCAACCUGGCUCGUCGACUGCUGCUGCGAAUUCUGGAGGUACCGCAAGCAAUGGCACAUCGAAUUCGAAGGGGUCACAAGAUUCGAGCAGCAACCAGUCCGCGGACACGGACGAGGUGCUCGCUCCCGACGAGAUCAUGACGAUGGUCCAGCAAAUGUUCCCAGAUGCAGACGAGAAAUUUCUCAAGGAGAAAAUGGGAUCCAAACCUAAUCUAGAUGACGUACGGCGACUCGCGGAACAAAUGUCUACAGGCAACUACCCUCGACGCAAAAACGCUGCUCCACCGCCACCAGCAGCAAGAGCACCCCAACCAGCUCGGACUUCUGAACAAGAAGCAUUGGUUCCCGACCCCGAGAAACCAGCCAAGAAAGGCAAGGCAGGGGGGCUAAAGAAUAGCCUUGGGCGUGCUUUUGGCAGUUUCCGGGGUGGAGGCGGAGGAAGCGUUGCCCCGACGGCGGCGGCGGCUUCCGCAGUAGGCGGCAUGCAAAACCAACACCAGCAAAUGGGCCCGUCCACAGGGACCCAGUCCGCCAACACUGACGCUGGCCCUGUGUCCCCUGAGCACGAUGCCAGCGCUCAUUCUAAUAUGGAAAGUAUGCUAGAGAACGCAGCUGCAGCUUCAGCCCCAGUCAACACGAAAGGAGUUGAGAGUGUGGAUACUGUGAUGACAAGCGUUCCCGCGGAACUUGACCGCGGUAGUACUUGUGAAAUCAUCCCGGGCCAGUCGCUCAAAGCUUUCCCAGGCCCUCGCGGAGAUGGCAAGACACACAAUGGAGUUUGCGUCUUUUCUGCCCGCAACUCCCCCGAAUCUGAUUCGUUCCUGCGGAGCAAUGAAGAUGCUAUUGAGAAGUUCGCGUUGGUGCUCAAGAGACUAGCCAGUGUGUAUGAAAUUGAUCCCAAAGCAGUGGCCAUAUUUCAUGAUCCUAGAGGAGGCACCAUCGCAUUCAACGCCAAUCGGUCUCUCCACUUCAAUUUACGCUUCUUUCACGCUCUUCAUUACCUGCAAAACAAGUACGAGAGCUAUGAUUGCUACAGUUAUUGGUUUGUCGUCUUCGCCCAUGAACUGUCGCACAAUUUGGUCUCGGGACACAACAAGGAGCAUGGGUUCUACACUGAGAGUUACGUUUCAAAGUAUCUCCCGAAAUUUUGUGCUCUCAUGACAACACUCCCUAGAAAUUUCUAA